GUUGGCUGCGCUGCCAGAGAAGCCCCCAGCCAUCGACUGGGCUUUCUACAAAGCUCAUGUUGCCAAGGCUGGAAUGGUGGAUGAGUUCCAGAAGAAGUUCAGUGCACUGAAGGUUCCAGAGCCAGUGGAUACACAAACUGCCAAGAUUGAUGCCCAGGAGAAGGAAGCUGCCAAGAGCACUGCUGAGUACAUCGAGGCUUCCAAGGCGCGCAUCGCGCAGUACGAGCAGGAGCUCCAGAAGCUCCAGAACAUGAUUCCCUUUGAACAGAUGACCUUUGAAGACUUGAGUGAUGCCUUCCCUGAAACCAAACUGGACAAGCAGAAAUAUCCAUACUGGCCCCACAAGCCAAUUGCUGAUCUGUAAACUGGGAGCAGUUCAGGGAGCAGUUUAAUGACUGUCAGACUCCAUGAUCUUAUAAAUAAAGAGCUUUCUCUGUCUGUGGCUUAGAUCUUCAACAUAAAUUCUGAGUAAUACAGACGUGGAACAAUACAGUAACUUGCAAACAUUC